AUGCUGCCAUUCGUUAUAGCAUUUGAGCUCCUAAACUUGGCCGCUUCGCUGACCGUGCCGUCGGCUCCAAAUCAUCCAUCGCGCCACCUUGGCUCAAACAUUCUUCCAAAUGUAAUCACUCAAUUUCCUGCCGGCGCCUGGGUCGAAAACAUUGCAGUUCGCUCAAAUGGCAACCUUCUCUUUACAACCAUUUUACCAAAUGCCAGUCUAUAUGAGGCAUCGGAUUUGGACUGUCAGUCACCAACAAUUACCCGCCUGUUUACUGUAGACAUAAUCACAAGCCUCGCUGGAAUAACAGAGACAUCCGAUGAUGUUUUUGCUGUGGUCGGCGGAAAUUUUAGCUUGACAACAGGAAGUGUCAAAGGAACUUUUGGUCUUUGGAGAGCCGAUUUCACUCGUGGCCGACCUUCGCAUGCUGAAUUAAUUGCUUCCCUUCCGGAUGCGGCUCUUCCCAACGGCGCGACCACAGUUCCUCAAAACAACCACUUGGUGCUUUUAGCAGAUUCAAUUUUAAACACUGUUUGGCGCGUCGAUGUGAAGAAAGGCACAGUGGACAAGGCCGCUCAAUUCACACCAGAGAGUGCAUCUGCUGCCGCCUCUGGAAUUCUCGGCAUCAAUGGAGUUCAUAUCCAUGAUGGUUAUCUGUGGUUCACAAAUUCUACAGCAACAGCCAACCCCGACACUGGCGAUCUCGAAUCAUCCAUGUAUCGAAUCAAGGUUGACAAGAAUGGAGUAGCCGCUCACAGUGCGUCGCCUGAAAAAGCUCUCACUCUGCCCUCAGAGGGUAUGGAUGACUUUACGUUCGGUCCAGGCGAAAGGAGUAUUAAAUGGAUAGCGGGGAAUGUCGACAAUCAAAUAUUUGCCGCUACUCCAAAUGGCAAAUAUGCCGUGGUUGCUGGUGCGUCCAACUCAUUCGAAGUGGCGACGGCGACAGCCUGUAAGUUUGGGAGAACAAGAAGAGAUUCACAUGUUCUUUAUGUGACGACUGCUGGUGGAACGAUUAACGGCACGACUGAGGGGGGCAAGGUACAGGCGAUCGAUACGACUGGAUUUCGGGUUUGA